AUGGAGAAAGAAAUGCAAGAACUUUAUGGCCAAUCAUCAGGUCGUAUAAGAUCUCCAAGUAUGAUUGUCAAUCCAUUGAAUUUAAAAGAACAAUAUAAAUUCACACGUAAUAAAUCUCCAUCAUUUGCUCAAGCACGUCGUUUUCGUUCUGAUCAAUUAGCGCGUGAUAAUCGUGAUCAAGGUCAACCAUAUUCACAUCAAUCUCAACUUUUCUCAUCGAACUAUCAUUCAUACAGUGGAAUAAAUCCAAAUCUAGGUAUGUCAAAUCAAGAAGGAUGUCGUUUAACAAACAAUUAUUGUGCACAUGAUUAUCAAUGUUGUUCAGGAAAAUGUCGAUGUGUUCGAUGGUCUAUAAUGGGGAAAAUGUCUUGUCAUAAAAAAUGUUUUUAA